GGUUGCCCUUGAAUGCAAGAUUCCUUGAAGUAUUUGAAAAAUACUGUCUGCAUGUUAGUUUGGUUACUUCUGGUGCAUUCUGGCACCUUUGGCUCUCAUGAUAUCCGGAGGAUACUGCUCCUCUCGUUUUAAGGAUGCUUUCAAGGUGGGAAAGCAGAUUUGUCCUGUACAAACCCCUCUGGAUUUAGACAAGCUCUUAACCUCCACACUGUGUUUUUUUAGAGUAAUUGCAGCGUGGAAAAGUUCCUUCCUUUUCACAGUGGAGAGUUGCUCUGUCCUGCUGACUUUGUCUGGGGGGCUUGAAAGGAGCCCCGGUGUUUUGAGCAUAGUUCUUGUCUGGGAGCAGCUUUGGAGCUGGAGCUGUGCCUACAGAGCUGUGUUUUCCCAGGGCACUGUGUGAAUGCUAAGCUGUGUUGGAAUGAAUUUGAGUGGGCAGCAGCAUAAGCCUGCUCUCAUUUUCCCUGGAAGACGCUGCUGCAUUGUCUUGUCUGCUCCCUGAAAGCCUCAGUGUUGUUUGUCAAAGGCUGGAUUCUGCAAGUGCCACGUAUGCAAAGAAGCCCUGAAUAGGAAGGACUGGCUGUGCUGGUUCUCAGCUCCUGACAGAAUUCCCAGCAGUUUUUGUUAAACUCUUGCUAUUCCGUGGGCAUCCGCUCUCCCACACGUGAGGUAUGUGGGAUUGUCUGGUUGUGUUCUGAUAACUCCCAGGAUUUGCUCUCUGCUUGCACAAUCCAUGUUUUUGUGCUAUUACUCUUAGGGAAUGGCCAAAGGUUGGCGGGUUGGCGGAGUGAAGGAUUUCCCGUGGCCACGUGUGUGCUGGGAGCAGGUUUGGAAGCUGUCAGCAUCUCCCAGCUCCCAGGGUGAUAUUUUGGCUGUGAAGCACUGUGUUUGCAGGGUGUCUGUGUGCUCUUAACCCUUUCUCCUGCCCCUCAUGGGAAUACAAAAACAUGGGAUCUGGAAGCUGGAGCCCAGCAGCACACACUGGCAUUGGCACUGGGAGCAGGGCUUUAUGCAGAGCAGUCAGCAGAUCCCAAAUCCCUGCUGCUAGCAUUAGGGACGGUGGGAGACAUGGAGCAGGGGCAAUCAUGACCUACCACCUGCUUCACCAAAGCAGGAUGAGAGAGCUGGAGAAGAUCCGGAUGGGUUGGGAAGGAAGAAUUCCUGCCCAGGGCCUGAGCCAGCACUGGGCUGAAUGUCCUCCCUCCAGUGUGUGAAAGGUAAAGUUGUUUGGACAAGGAGUUGGGGGCAAACACACCUUCUGUCCUUGGAAGCCCCAUGCAGCCCUUCCUGUUCUUGCACAGGCUGCUGUGCUUGCAGGGAUCCCUUGGAUGUUGAUUUCCAAGGGUGUGCUCCAUGUGAGCAGACAGGAAGGAGUCUUGUACCUUAUCUCAGCUACUUCUAGGAAAUGAUGUAAGAUGCUUACUUGUGCAAGCUUUUUUGUAGCCACAUCCUGAAUUUUACUGACAGCCAGCUUGGCUGCUCACCUUUUGAGCUCAUCUCUGGAGCUGUGGGAGCUGAGCCUGUGUUGUGCUUUAUCUGAUUUAUUCUGGGAUGAAUGUGCUCCCUGCUGCUUUAGAGCCGUUAAGGGAAAGGUUGAAGGGAUUUAUGGAAGGGUUGGAUCAGUGCUUGGCAAAUGCUAAAGGUGGCACCCAGCGCUGUGUCCUGGCAGUGGGAAUCACUGUCCAGGAGCUGCUGGACACACCUGAGCUUUGUCAGGUGUCUGCUCCCAGCGUGGAGCUGCAGCAGUUGGGGCAGGAAUACUGAGCUGUGCAUCCACAGGCUUGUGCACAGAGCUUGGGAUUUGUCCCUGUGGAGUGACUGAGCUGCCUUGGUAACGGCUGAUGCAAGUGCUCCCAAAGAAAAUCCUGUCUGAAAUUUGUGAUGGUAAUGGCUCCACAGGUACUUUUCAUUUUCUCAGUGCAGGAAAGGAAACGCCAUCCGUUCUCCUGGGCAGUGUGAAGACCUGAGCCAUGACAUGUUUGCUUCUGCAUAAAGCUGUAGAGUUAAAUAAACACAGUGUGAGAUUUGAGGUGUUUUUGAAGUGCUUGGCACCCUCUGGAUACAUUUGCUCUCGGUUGUGGCAGCUGCAAGCUCAGCUGGAGAACCAAUGUGCCAGUUCUGCCUUGCUGUGUUUGGCCUGCCUGCCCUCUGACGAAAGUAUUGAAAGGGAUUGUUCUGGCCCACUUUUAGGUGUCAAAAAUGUGGGUCACUGAGAUACAGAACACAUUAGAGUGACAAUUUUAGCCUGGAGGGACAGAGUUGGCUGAGAAGUGAUGCCUGUUGGAGUGUGAAAGUCAGGACUUUUAGGUCAGCUCUUCUGAUCAAUGGGCUUGGCGCAGGCGUUGUUCGGAGCCUCUGCUUGGAGCACAGGGGAGGUUGGGCUCACCCCAUCCUUUUUCUGGGUGGUAAGGACAGAAUUUGAGGCUUGGCUUUCUGAGGAGAAAAAAAAUGCCUUGAAGAGCUUUGGGAUUGCUUGGGGAGGGCUCAGCAAUGGUGAUCUCAUGGUGGGGUCUGAGCAUUGUCCUGGUCCUGUUCUGCACUUUAUCUCCUUCACCACCUCUGAGACCUGGUGUGAGCUGAGGUCUCUAAUGUCUCAUGUUCCCUAGACCAUAUAUAAAACCAUAAAACCAUACAAAAACUAUGUUGGGUUGUGUUUCUUUUGCUGGCUGAUAGCCUGGGGAGGUCCAAGAAAGGAGGAUCCUCAUGGAAGGGGGAUCACCAGUGCCUUGGUGUGGGAAACUUCACCUCUGAGCACCUCCAGGCUGGGAACAUUCCUCUGUGACGUGACCAUGCCGUUUAUGGGAGAGGCUGAUCUUCCUUGUCUGCUUGAGGCAGCAGAAGUACACGGAAAAUUACUGUUACCUGCAUGUGACGCAAGUAGGGAUUAGCCAGGACUUGCUGCAGGAAGAAUGAGUUUUGAUCUCCACACAGAGCUGUUUGUAGUUUGUAGAUGAACACUUGGAGUGUUCACCCUCCUUCACUGCUCACCCUUGCAGCUCUAAAAGCAGCUGUAGUGCAGUCACUGUGUGGUGGCAGGAGGCAAAAUCUCUUAGAAACAUUUAAUGAAGUAAAGUGGAAGCUGAGAGCUGUACGUGCGAGUGUGUUACCAACUGUGGGCCUCAGUGGGCUUGUGGCACCAACUGGAGUUUUGGUGGCAGGUACAAAAUACAACCAGAACUUCUGGUCUCGUUUCAGGCUGCUCCACAAGCACUUCCAGAGGCUGGGGAAACUCCUGGGGCUCGUUGGGGCAGGUUGUGUUGAUCAUGGACAGUGAAGAAAUCCCUACUUUUUCGAGUCCAAAGGAGGAAACUGCAUAUUGGAAAGAGCUUUCCUUGAAGUACAAACAAAGCUUCCAGGAGGCUCGUGAAGAGCUGGCUGAAUUCCAGGAGGGAAGCAGGGAAUUAGAAGCUGAGUUGGAGGCACAGCUAGUGCAAGCUGAGCAAAGGAACAGGGAUUUGCAGGCAGAUAACCAAAGACUGAAAUAUGAAGUGGAAACAUUAAAGGAGAAACUGGAGCACCAGUACGCCCAGAGUUACAAGCAGGUGUCGUUGUUGGAGGAUGACCUGAGCCAGACAAGGGCCAUCAAAGAUCAGCUGCACAAAUAUGUGAGGGAGCUGGAGCAGGCCAACGAUGACCUGGAACGUGCAAAGAGGGCAACAAUAGUUUCUUUGGAAGACUUUGAACAAAGGCUGAACCAAGCUAUUGAGAGAAAUGCAUUUUUAGAAAGCGAACUGGAUGACAAGGAGUCAUUGCUGGUCUCUGUACAAAGAUUAAAGGAUGAGGCAAGAGACCUACGUCAGGAGCUGGCUGUGAGGGAAAGGCAGCAGGAGGUGACCCGGAAAUCAGCGCCCAGCUCCCCCACUCUGGACUGUGAGAAGAUGGAUUCAGCUGUCCAGGCCUCUCUCUCCUUGCCAGCUACACCUGUUGGAAAGGGAUCAGAAAAUAGUUUUCCUUCCCCAAAAGCUAUACCAAAUGGGUUUGGUACCAGCCCACUGACUCCUUCAGCUCGAAUAUCUGCACUCAACAUUGUGGGAGAUCUGCUACGGAAAGUGGGGGCCUUAGAAUCCAAAUUAGCUGCUUGCAGGAAUUUUGCAAAGGACCAGGCAUCACGGAAAUCCUACAUUUCAGGGAACGUCAGCAGCGCCGUGAUGAGCAGCAACAGCACAAAGUACCCACACCCAGGGCACACGUCCUUCUUCGACAAGGGGGCAGUGAACGGCUUUGACCAAGGCCCCCCCGGCCUGGGGGGCUCCCGACCUUCCUCGGCGCCGGGAAUGCUCCCCCUGAGCGUAUGAGCCCGCGGCAGGUUGGACUUGGGUGCUUUUCUCAGCUCACCUCGGGAAGAACUGCUCCUGAUUCCUCCCCAUUCCCACCCCGCUGGAACGUGACCCUGAGGGGAGACCUCGAGCCCACCAUGGGUGGCCACCACCCAGGCCCUCCAUGUCCUGUCAAUACAGUUUGUUUUCUGCUGUCGCUGUAGUGGACGUUCUCUGCCCCGGCCCCACGAGCUGCCACCCUCUGCUGUGCUUGGGGACACCGAGUCCUGCUCUGCCAGGGGACAGACCAGCCUCGCCCCUCCUUUUCCCUCUCCUCUCACUUAGCUCUGACACAGCUCUGGCUGCUCCUCCACAGGCUCCCCUGGCCCUGUCCCCUCCCAGGCCUGCAGCUGCUGCUCUCAGACCUCGUGGAAGUGCCCUGGGGGAGGCCAGUGGUGGCCCAGGGCCUGUCUCAGGGCCGGCUGCACCCACGGCAGGCAGGGCUGGAUGGGCAGCUCCAGGACAGGCCCACCCCUGCUGGACACACACAGGGCCAGGCUCCUCAUGGCAGGGAGGGAGAGGGGGUGGCAGCACACUCAGGGUGUCCAUCCCAGCCCCCCCAGACGCCUUGGCAGGGCUGAGCAUGGCUGAGCUGUUCUCCCUGGGGCUCCUGCCCUGCUGCAGGGGUGGGCAGUGCUGUGCCCUCAGGUGCCCCCAGGGCUGCCCCACAGCUCCCUGGCCCUGCUGGACUCGGCCUCCGUCCCUCACCCCACACACACAGCAACCCCAGGGGAGCUUUAGGAAGCUGCUGCUCCCCCUGUGACCCCCUGCCCAUCACCCCUGUGCUGUAGGACUGGACUGUGCAGCCUCACCUGCGGACUUCUGUGACAGCUGGGGGCGACUGAACCUUGUGGGUCUUUCAAGCAACACCUUUGUGUGGUUUCUCUGUUCAUGUGCCUCAGAGUCAGUGGAUUUUUAGACUGAACCAGCAAAUGGAGCCAGGGUUGGAGCUGAGGGUUCAGCAGUUGUUGUUCAGGGGCUCUGCAGCUCCCAGGUGGUUGAGUUACAAAUGCUGAGAAUAAAACCCCACUGGCCCAGCAGUGGAGGUGGGAUUGUCCCUUUGCCAUUAGGGUUUGUAUGGUCCUUCCUUCCUGUGCAUCCUCUGCUGCAUUUGACUGUUUACAUUUGUUUUAUUGUACAUAGAUUUGUAAACAUAAUACCUUGGCCUGAGGUCUUUGUACAUAACUUGGGCUUUGUAGCUUUAUUUAUUCAGCCUCUCUCUGGCAUGUUUCCAUAGGAUGUACGUUCCACCCUGGUGCCACUGACAUGAUGUGGUUUCAAAAGAAUGAAAACAAAUGAGAGUAAUCUUCCAAAAAUAAAGUUCUUUUAAUGUGGAAUCAGUGCAUUUUGCAGAA